GCAGCAGGCCUGGGCGUGUGCUAAGGGUAAAGCUACCAGAUGGGCUCAGCUGCCACAGGCUCUGCAGGCACUGCCCCCCAGGUGACAGCUGUGCCUGUUCAGGAGAGCUCAGGUGCAAAGACCAUCCUGUGCUCCCAUGAGAAGGAGGAAGAGGAAGACACAAAUCAGGCAGGUCCCAGGAACCCAGGAUCCAGGCGUCCACUGUUUUGAGUGCUGCUGGCUGAGCAUCCAGAGGCUGUUUCGCGCUGAGGUUGGGGUCUUUAGGGCUUGUCUGCUCAGGGGCCAGAACCUAGGAGGCCAGGAGGGCCACUGGGGCCAAGGGGCCUAAGAACUUCUUGCCAGAAACACACCCCAACCAGGAGCAGGGGCAUGGACAAUAGUGAGGGUGCUACUGGAGCCCCAGCUGGCACCAUGGUUCCCCAGGAGCUGCUGAAAGAAAUGCUUUGGUUUUUUCGUGUAGAAGAUGCAACUCCUUGGAAUUAUUCCAUCCUUGCCUUGGCGGCUGUGGUGGUCGUGAUAAGCAGCGUCCUCCUGGGAAGGAGCAUCCAGGCAAACAGAAAUCGAAAGAUGAAGCCACCGGAAAAAGAAAUUCCAGAAGUCCUGCAUUUGGAUGAGGCUGGAACCAAAGAUAACAGCCUCGACAACCUAAGAGAGACUUUGCUCUCAGAAAAGCCAAACUUGGCCCAGGUGGAAACUGAGUUAAAAGAGAGAGAUGUCCCCCCAGUUCUCCCUCCAGACCCACCAGCAGCUGAGAGUCAAUGAGCUCAGAACACGCCACUCCCACCCCAAGCCAGGCAUGUGAUCUGAGAUCAGCUCGUGGCCCAAAACCUCAGGUUUUACAGCCUCUCCAAAGCAGCCUAAUUUUUUUUAUUAGUAGAUACAAUGAAUGAACUUCAAGUAAACCAAAAUUCUGUUAUUAAAAAAAAGAAAUCUUUUAUUAAAAUGCUUCUGGAAGUAA